CUGUUUGGUUUGCGUGCAGUGGCAUGGAGUGUCCUAGGCGCUGCUGGAUUGUGAAGCAACGAGCAGUAGGGAAAGGCUUAUGAAAACGCAGAGUUAAGAGUACUGACUGCCUACGUGGAUGUUGUGGUGAGGUUUGUGUAUCCUGCACAUGUAGUGGACGCUCCAGAUACGCAGCCUGAAGGCUGCCCUGCAACAAUGCCAGAGUCCUCCCUGGUCAAGGACAUCUGCAGCAGCUCCGUUGAAUGUAGACCAUCUCCCUUGAGGCAGUUUAACCAAUCAUCGCUGCCACUGCACAGAAACACCAUGCUCAGUACCUUUUGCACAGAGGAAAACGUGCAGGAAUGUCUAUCACACAUCAGUCAGGAGGUGUCAUCUCUUGGCCUUCCACCAGUUUGGAUGGAGUCAGGAGGAAGCUCAGAAAUGAAUGUUGUGGCUGUGCUAAAUUGCAUAUAUGACCUGAUUCAGCUGCACCACAGGGGCCUCCGGACUCUGGAAAACAUGGAAGUGGAGCAACUUAAGUCCAGCAGCAAUGUGGACUACCUGCGCCUCAACAGCACCCAACUAAAAGAGCAGCUUGAACUGUCCAAAAGAGAAAACACGGGACUCCUUGAGAGAGAACGACAGCUGCAGCUGAAAAUGAAGAGUUUGCAAAACUGUCUGAAAAAUGAAAAAGAAGAGGUGCAAAAACUUCAGAACAUAAUUGCAAGCCGGGCAAGCCAGUACAAUCAUGAGAUGAAAAGGAAAGAAAGAGAAUUCAACAAACUGAGGGAGCGCUUGAAUCAACUUCUAGUUGACAAAAAGGAGAAGAAACAAGCCAUUGAUGUAUUAAACAACAUUGGAAGAGCUGAUGGGAAGAGAAGCCUUUGGAAAACUGAAAAGACAGAAGCAAAGCAUGAGAGGGAGAUGUAUAAGACUCUGCUGAGUGACUAUGACAUCCGACAAAGGGAGCUGCUGCUGGAAAAUGCAGAGUUGAAGAAAGUGUUGCAGCAGAUGAAAAAAGACAUUAUGUCUAUUCUGAGUUCAAAGAAACCAACAAUGAAAGACGACCAACAUCAAGAUGAUGGUAUACAGGCUGACUCGGACGAGGAAGUGUUUGAUUCCAGUAAAGAAAGUGUAGAGUUGUAUUGUUCACAGGCCCGGGAGAAGCUGACCAACAGUAUUCGCCUCCAGUGGAGAAGACUUAAGAGCCACGUUGAAAGAUUGGACAACCAAGCAUCUUUGACUCAGAUAGGCAGGAGCAAAAAUACUGACGCUGUUUCCCGAGAGACUCAUGAGGAGGAGAUGGACAGGCUGAAGAUGGAGAUCCAGCAGUGCAAAGACUUCAUUCAAACACAACAUCAGCUCCUGCAGCAGCAGCUGAGCUUUCCGUAUGAUGAGAAGGCAUCCCUGCUGAGCGACUGCUACAUGCUGCAAGAGAAAGAGCGCUUUAGAGAUGAGUGGAAGACCCUUGAGGAACAGAGAAAAAUAUUUGAGAGGGAGAGGAGGAACUUCACUGAAGCUGCUAUAAGGCUUAGCCAUGAGAGAAAGGCCUUUGAGGACGAUCGAGCAAUGUGGCUCAAACAUCAGUUUUUAAACUUGAGUCCAUUUGCUGACUCAAAGAAACCCCAGAUGUCAAAGUCAAAAAGUGCCUUUUUAAUAUCUAAAACAGAAGUAAGUGCACUUCCAGAAAAACUCAUCAGAAGUCAGUCUGACACGACCUCCCCCACACCCGGAUGUGCCCCACUGACAUCACCAUCAACAGCUGAACUGUAUCCCACAUUUGCCCCAGAAAACAGCUCAACCAAACCAAGAUUGAAUGAAGAUGUUGAAGAAUCAAGCAUCUUUUUAAAUGGAAACGUUCCAGUUCAACACAAACAGUGGAAUGACUAUGAAGACCACAACAGCCACACACUCAUAAAGCAAAAGACAAGCUCUAUUUAAAGCCAAAAACUUUAAUAAUUAGUAGUAUUUCAGAAAUACAUCUGAAUUGUGAAUACCAAACACCGGAACAGUCGUGGUUAGCGGCUGGUGUUCUGUGCUCUGUGUGACUGAGAGCAAAUGUAAUUGUUUCUUUUUAUUAUCUAACUGUUUUAUAUUUAGGUUAUGUGUUAAAUGUAUGUAUUUAUGUGGUGCUGUAAAUCUUGUUUUGGCAGUCCUAUCCAAUGUGUAGAAUCUUAGUCUAAGGCUAGUACUUGUGCCACAACAGAUCAUGUGUAAGGAGAGGUUGCUUUUGCUUUGCUUGGUUUUGCUGUUGGACAUAAAUUUGCCUAAAUGUUUCUAUUUAUUUCACAACUUUAGUUAUCAUGUCGAACUUCUCAACUGGCAUGUUUUAGAAUGUAGAAUUAAUGCUGCUGUUUCACAAAAUGCAAUAAGAAUCUGGAUAGUGGAAGUAUUUUUCUAUAGUUUGAUAUAGAAAUGUGGUUGACAGAUGUUGCAGUUACAUCAGUAGCUGGUGAUGUAGGAUAUUAAAAAGUAGGAAAAGGGGAUGAAAUUUAACAGAAAUUACAUAAUGUGUAGUAGAACCCUGUCACUGAGUGUAUGUGGAUUCUUAACUUAUUUUUUUUUUUUAUUAAUUUUUAUUUAAGUGGCUUUAUAUUGCCUGAUAGUAAUUUGUACAUGAUCUAUUCUAGAAAAUCUUAUAUUCUUGAAACAUUAAUUAUACAUUCUUGUAACACAA